AUGCGGUACCCAAAAAACAUGAACGAAGAAGGAACCAAAGGCAAAAAACCUAAACACACUUUUCUCUCUCGUUUCCAAACACUGUUUUCAACCAUGACCCGAAAACCCGUUUUCAAACGAACCCUAGCAAUUUUCUUCGUUAUCGUAGCUCUCUACGCUAUCGCUAACACCUUUUUCCAAUCCUAUGAUCCUUCCGCCUUUGAUUCCGCUACCUUUCCGUUCAACACCGCCACGGCCUCGUCUAUCCUUCUCGCCGCUGGUAAAUCUACGUUUCCUGCUGUUAAGGUUUACCUCUACGAUCUUCCUCGGAGGUUCACCUAUGGAGUGAUCCACCAUCAUUCACUCGCGCGUGGCUCACGCGUUGAUGAGAACGAUUUAUCUUCUCUGAAGUAUCCAGGUCACCAGCACAUGGCGGAGUGGUACUUGUUUUCGGAUCUCUCUCGACCCGAUUUGGAGCGUGCGGGUUCGCCUGUUGUUCGGGUUUUAGAUCCGGAGGAAGCGGAUUUGUUCUUCGUGCCGUUUUUCUCGUCGUUGAGCUUGAUUGUGAACCCGGUACGGCCUCCCGGUUCCGGUCCGGAGAAAACUGCUUACGUAGAUGAGGAGAAUCAGGAAGCAUUGGUUGAGUGGCUAAAGAGGCAGGAGUAUUGGCAGAGAAGUAAAGGAAGGGAUCACGUGAUUGUGGCUUCUGAUCCGAAUGCGAUGUAUCGGGUAAUUGAUCAGGUUAAGAACUGCGUGCUGCUCGUUUCGGAUUUUGGACGGCUGCGACUGGACCAGGGAUCUCUGGUGAAGGAUGUGAUUGUGCCGUACUCGCAUCGGAUUAAAACGUAUACAGGUGACAUUGGUAUUGACAAACGCAACACCUUGUUGUUUUUCAUGGGAAAUCGAUAUCGCAAAGAGGGAGGGAAGAUCCGAGACACACUCUUUCAAAUUCUAGAAACAGAAAAAGAUGUUAUAAUAAAGCAUGGAGCACAAUCCAGAGAGAGCCGGCGGGCAGCUUCACAAGGAAUGCAUACAUCAAAGUUUUGCUUACAUCCUGCGGGGGAUACUCCAUCAGCUUGCCGAUUAUUUGACGCAAUUGUUAGCUUGUGCGUUCCAGUGAUUAUCAGUGAUAGUAUUGAGUUGCCUUUUGAAGACACUAUAGACUAUAGGAAGAUUGCUGUAUUUGUGGAAACUGCUCCUGCAAUACAGCCAGGAUACUUGGUGUCAAUUUUGAGAGGCAUAACCCCGGAUAGAAUUUUGGAGUAUCAGAAAGAACUAAAAGAGGUGAAGCGAUACUUUGAAUACGACGAACCAGAUGGGACAGUGAAUGAGAUUUGGCGCCAAGUUUCGAAAAAACUACCCUUGAUCAAAUUGAUGAUUAACCGUGAGAAAAGGCUGUUUACAAAGGAACCUGAUUGCUCCUGCAUAUGUACAAACCAGACUGCCAUUAAAACCUUAUAG